CAGCUGUCUGGGAGCCAGUGGUGCAGUAACCAUGGUGAUUCAAUCCAGCAGUUAAUUAGUAACCAGAAGGUCCUGAAGUUGGCUCGCAGCUGGCAGGGCUAGGAGGCUGGACCUGUGCUGGUUUGAGAGUCAGGCGAGUGGGUGACAGGUCACUCCUACUUGGGAAGGUUGUAGGGUGAGUCAGGAUUGGGUUUCAGGUCAGAAGGACGGUGCAGAGGGAGAGAGAAUAAUUCUUCAGGACCUGCGCUGGAACCUGGGGUUUCCAGGGAGAAAUGGUGACCCUGGGGGAACAGAGGUCUCCCGUCCCAUCCUAAGAGCUGCUGGAUCCUGUGUGACAUCACCAGUUCCCUCACUUGUCACUGCUAGAAGCUCUGAGCUCUGUGCUGGGGGCACCAGGCACUAACACUUGGCUCUUGUUGGGAGAACAGAGAGAGUCUCUCUUGUCCACAGCCUGUGCUCUGCUCCAACUGCUGCGUCUCCCAGAGGCUCUGCUCUGCCCAGGCUGCAUAGAGCCUACUUGAUCACAGCUACAGAAUGGCCUCUAGCCCAGUUGGAGUUCCUAGCCCACAGCCCUCUAGGGCCAAUGGGAACAUCAACCUGGGGCCGUCAGCCAACCCAAAUGCCCGACCCACAGACUUUGAUUUCCUCAAAAUCAUUGGCAAAGGGAACUAUGGGAAGGUCCUACUGGCCAAGCGCAAGUCAGACGGAGCCUUCUAUGCAGUGAAGGUCCUGCAAAAGAAAUCCAUCUUAAAGAACAAGGAGCAGAGCCACAUCAUGGCAGAGCGAAACGUGCUGCUGAAGAACGUGAGGCACCCCUUCCUCGUGGGCCUGCGCUACUCCUUCCAGACCCCAGAGAAGCUCUACUUUGUGCUUGACUAUGUCAAUGGGGGAGAGCUCUUCUUCCAUCUACAGCGGGAACGCAGGUUCCUGGAGCCCCGGGCCCGGUUCUACACUGCAGAGGUGGCGAGCGCCAUUGGUUAUCUUCACUCUCUCAACAUCAUCUACAGAGACCUGAAGCCAGAAAACAUUCUCUUGGACUGCCAGGGUCAUGUGGUACUGACAGACUUCGGCCUUUGCAAGGAAUGUGUAGAGCCUGAGGAGACCACAUCCACCUUCUGUGGCACCCCUGAGUAUCUGGCUCCAGAAGUGCUUCGUAAAGAGCCUUACGACCGAGCAGUGGACUGGUGGUGCUUAGGGGCAGUGCUCUACGAGAUGCUGCAUGGCCUGCCCCCCUUCUUCAACACAGAUGUGGCCCAGAUGUAUGAGAACAUUUUGCAUCAGCCACUACAGAUCCCUGGAGGCCAGACAGUGGCUGCCUGUGACCUUCUGCAAGGUCUUCUCCACAAGGACCAGAGGCAGCGGCUGGGCUCCAAGGAAGACUUUCUUGACAUAAAGAACCACGUGUUCUUCAGUCCCAUAAAUUGGGACGAUCUGUACCACAAGAGGCUGACCCCACCCUUCAACCCAAAUGUGGAAGGACCCGCAGACUUGAAACACUUUGACCCAGAGUUCACCCAGGAAGCUGUGUCCAAAUCCAUUGGCUGCACCCCUGACACCAUGGCCAGCAGUUCUGGGGCCUCAAGUGCAUUCCUUGGAUUUUCCUAUGGACAGGAUGAUGAUGACAUCUUGGACUCUUGAGAAACAAGCACUUAGGAAGUCACCAAGCCCUGCUGGCACCUUCGGGAACUACCUUCUGCUGCACUAAGACACAAUGAGUCCCAAAGAAGUAAGACACAGUGACUCAGAGAAGAGAGGAGUGUUUUCCAUGACUCGAAAGAACAGUUCAGGGCUCAGGCUGGCUGGAUAAGCUCCUAAGUCCCCAGCCUGCAGUUCUGACUUCUCUUGGUUUUUCAUUUUUGUUUUGUUUGUUGUUGCUGAGGCAGUGACAAUAUAUGCAAGAAAAGUAAAGAACAUCUAUUUGGGCUCACGAUUUCAGAAGGUAAAGCCCAUACUUGGCUCAUCCAUUGCUGUGAUCUUCAGCCAAAGUUGAGUCACCUUGCUGGAAGGAGUGGCUUACCUUAUGCCUGUCAGGAAGCAGAAACUGAAGUCUGGACUGGGAAUACGAUACCUUGAGAUACUCCCAAGUGACCUACUCUCUUCAAGCAGGGCCUACCUCCUAGUUAUCACCUCUCCAGGCUAUAAAAUUACAAAUCUAUGAAUGGACUAAAUUGCUGAGGAAGCCCGAGCCUCUCGCUGGAUAGUGAUCCAAUCAUGUAUUAAAGGCUCUAUCGGCUGAACACAAGAACCUUCAGAAGACACUUCACAUCAGAACCGUGACAGCUUUGAAUAUUGAGCUUCCAGAUCACAAAGUGGUUACUGGCCACUUUUGUGUUCCAAGCAAGAAAAAAGGAGGAACGGGACAGAAGUGGGUUGCUCAGAAGCCCUGUCUGGUAGUUUCCUUUAGUGUGUCAUAAAUCCUCCAGCUCUACUGGGAUGGAGCCUGGGCAUAACUCCCUCUCUUAGUAAAAGGGUUCAAAUGCUGAGGGAAAGGGGAGAAUGCUGUGUAGGUGACCAGCACCUCUUGGUAUCUGAAUUUUUAUUUCAGUGUAUAAAUUGAUGAAAUGUAGUAAGCCUGACAUGUGUUGCCUUCAGCUUCACAUUGCUCUGUGUGGAGGGUGUCUUUGUUUCAGGUAGUAUUAAAUGCACUGGAUAUUUGUUACUGAG